UUCCUUCUGCAGUCAGAGCUCCAGACCCCAGCUCCUCAGGAUCCGUGUGUGAGCCCGUCAUCGUGUCUCCGCAUCACUCUGACUAACUGGUGCAGUCCUCCUGAGCAGCGGAGGACCUGUCUUCCACCCUCCUCCACCCUAAUUUAUCAUCCCUCGUAGAGACUGGCUGCUUGCCCACCCUCCGUACCUGACACCACAUCCAUGCAACUCCGUCUGCCUGUGGGAUUGAUUCAAACUCUGGGAUCCAGAGCCAUGACCUGAAACCCCGAUGACCACCGUCAGGGCCGCUGGUGACCGGCAAGUGCAUCAUGGAACUUAAAGUAUGGGUGGACGGAGUCCAGAGGAUUGUUUGUGGGGUCACUGAAGUCACAACUUGCCAGGAGGUUGUAAUAGCCUUAGCCCAAGCUAUAGGUCGAACUGGAAGGUACACCCUUAUAGAAAAAUGGAGAGACACUGAGAGACACUUGGCACCACACGAAAACCCCAUCAUAUCCUUAAACAAGUGGGGGCAGUAUGCUAGUGACGUACAGCUCAUUUUGCGACGGACUGGGCCGUCUCUCAGCGAGCGGCCCACCUCAGACAGCGUGGCCCGGAUCCCUGAAAGAACUUUGUACCGACAGAGCCUGCCCCCCUUAGCCAAACUGCGGCCUCAGGUGGACAAGUCGAUGAAAAGGAGGGAGCCUAAAAGAAAAUCUCUGACCUUCACAGGAGGCGCCAAAGGGCUGAUGGACAUUUUUGGAAAAGGUAAAGAAGCUGAGUUUAGGCAGAAAGUGUUGAGUAAUUGCAGGUCCACAGCAGAAGAGCUAAGGAGGCUGAUCCGGCUCCAGACAGAUAAGCUGCUGGCCAUCGAGCAGCAGCUGGAGUCCAGUGAGACAGAGAUACGGUUCUGGGAGCAGAAGUACAAUUCCAGUCUGGAAGAGGAAAUUGUCCGCCUCGAGCAAAAGAUCAAAAGGAAUGAUGUAGAGAUCGAGGAGGAGGAGUUUUGGGAAAAUGAACUACAGAUCGAACAAGAAAAUGAGAAGCAGCUGCAGGACCAGCUGGAUGAGAUCCGGCAGAAAGUCACGGACUGCGACAGCAAGCUGAAGGACUACCUGGCGCAGAUCCAGAAGAUGGAAAGUGGUCUUGAAGCAGAGAAGCUACACCUGGAAGUUGAGGAGGCGCAGGUCAACGAGGAGGAGAUGAAGGGGAAGAUUGAAAAGGUCAGGGGGGAGAUGGACCUCCAGGGGCAGCAGAGCCUGCGGCUGGAGAACGGCAUCAGAGCGGUGGAGAGGUCUCUGGGGCAGGCCACCAAGCGGCUACAGGACAAGGAACAGGAACUGGAGCAGUUGACCAAAGAGCUGCGACAAGUCAACCUCCAGCAGUUCAUCCAGCAGACGGGGACAAAGGUCACCGUGCUGCCAGCUGAGCCCACUGAAAUAGAGGCCUCCCAGGCAGACAUAGAAACAGAGACACCAUUCCAGUCUGGGUCCCUGAAGCGACCUGGCUCAUCGAGGCAGCUCCCCAGUAAUCUUCGUAUUCUGCAGAACCCCAUCUCCUCUGGAUUUAAUCCUGAAGGCAUCUAUGUAUGACACUGUCUUCAGGAGAAGGAUCCAGCCAAGGUACCAAGGACAGUAAAUCCUUCAGUUUGUGCCAACUGAACAGGGUCUGUUCCCAAGCCACUGUGUCCUCUCCCGAUCACAAACCACGUGGAGCCCUGUGCACUGAUGCUGAACACGGAGCCUGUUCACACUUCGCAGUAUUGACAUGUUGUCCAGCAGCUGAAAUGCAAAGCCUUCGUUUUUAUUUGUAGCAUUCAGAGAGCAUUAGAAAAGUAUUAAUCUAUGUUUAUACACGAAUAAACCCUGCAUUGAGAGUAAAGUUAUGUAACUGUUUAGUUAAUUUAUUCCAUGUAACUGAUUGAUGAAUGAAUGUUGCUGUUAAUAUUUUAUUAGUCCUCAUCCUGUGACUUACCUGUGUUAAAUAUUGUGGGUUCUGACUGUGCAUGUUGGCAGACUCCGUCCAGCUUUGCUCAUGUACAGCUACACAGCCUCCUGAGGGCUUCACUCCAGACCGACUCCAAUGGAGCUCGACGCACUUAACACUGGCGCCUCUCCCCGCCCCUCCUAGGCGAGAUAAUUCAGCUUUCUGGUCUGGAAGUUAAUAAUUUCUUUACAGUAUUUCCCAACAUGAAUUACCACAGCAUCACAGAAAUAUCUUCAGUGGGGUAAAUGGUUCAUGUAAAAUGCUUAUGGUCAUAGACUGCUGGCUGCGCAACUGGAGGCGGUCCUGGGUUUCCUGACACACUCUGAGGCCUUCCUGCCUCAGCACCACCUCCGCCUCCCGUGGAUCCUCGUGGUGACAGAAUGUGAGAAGGAGGGAUCCCCGAGGAUGGCGUUGCUGUACUUUGGGAAUGGUAUGAUGGAUUUCAGAACAACCCACUUCUGUGUAGUCCAUGCAUGCAUAGCGGGGGAGGUGCUGCUUGCCAUGAUUUAAAACAUGGGCUGUGUGUUUUCUCUAGUCACUGAGUCAAAUGUAGAGAACACUGCAGUCAGGUAUUUUUUUACCAAGGAAAUAAAAUUAAAUUCAGAGUAUGUUUUUAUUUUUAAGUUUGACUUUAUAGGAUAUUAGUCUCCAUUUAUAUUUAUAUCAUUUUGUGUAUUAAGCCAAAAAAAAAGAGUCAAUGCUUUUCUCAUGAACAGUGACUUAGCUACAUUCACAAGUGAUUUUUAGACGUGCUGUCAGACGCCUUGCAGCCCUCUGCUUUUUCUCUGAGUACAUUUGGCACAGUGUAACUAAGACUUUAAUCUGAAACUUAAAGUAGUUUUCAAUUCUAAAGAGAAAACAUUCUCUGUGUUACUUACAUGCAAUAAAAUAAAAGCGGAUUGAUACAGCAAUGCCAUGGUAACACCGAAGGCAACUCUGGGUGGUUGGCCACACCCAGCUUGCUUUUAAGUUAAUGAAUGUUUAAUGGAGCUGAGAAUGCUGCUGGAUUUAGGUUUCCAAGGAGAAGAUUUAGUAGAUGCUUCUCAAGAACUGAAAGCCAUGAAUGUUGCCUCUUACCCACAUAAAUAAAUAGCAGACCUCAGCUGAACCGCUGUCCAUGGGUCCUCUGACUUACCAAACUGAUCUUGCCAUCACUGCUUUGCAGUUGACCUGAGAGGGAACCAUGGCCUGCACACACUUGCCCCAGACUGGUAACAAUUGUUUCAUAUCUAUGUGUAUUUAAAAAUAGUAAUUUGAUGUCAAAGUAACCUAUAGCUUUUUGUGACAGUGGUGACUCCAUGUGCCCAGUACAUGCCUUUCUCUCAGUCUCUCCUACACAGAGUCAUUCUGUUGUUCGGCUAAAUUAACCCUUGAUCACAAAGGAGAACAUUAUACAAAUGGAUUGUCUUCUAUUUAAACCACAGUGUUAACUGCAAGUAUGUUAGGCUCUAUGGUGAGAAAUUAAAGACAAAGCUGGACAUGGUGGCUCAUGACUAUGAUCCCAGCACUCAGGAGACUGAGGCAGCAGAGUUACAUAAGAUCCUGGCUCUUCUAAGUUACAUGGAAGUUCUAGAGUAAAAGGGGCUAGAGUGCGAGACCCUGCCUCAAAAACGAAAGAACAGGACCUGCACGGAUCCCUGGCAGAGCAUCACAUCGCACAGCUCACACGGUUGUUAGGAACUGCCAGGUUUGACUAGAAACUCUAAAGCAGGCGACACACGCCACCAGCUCUCCGCAGUCCUGGCUCUCCACCAGUGUCACACUUAACAUCCCUAACAACCUCAGAACUCUGAAGCUGCCGGCUACCCUCCUAAUUACUCACACAAGCACGGCCUCCCAGAUGGGCGGGGUGCGGCCAUGUGAUUUCACAAACAGGCUCUGCAGUUGUCUUUGUCACCAGUUAAGGGACUUCUGCAAGCACACCACUGCUGAAUGUUUUCUAAAUAUAUAUAUAUAUAUAUAUAUAUAUAUAUAUAUAUUUUUUUUUUUUUUAGGGAAAACAACUAAUUUCUGUAGGAACAUCUGAAAAUAUUUAGUCUACUGUGACUGUUUUUACCUAUUAUGACUACAAAUGAAUUGGUUUACAAGCCCCGUCUUUCGCCACAUCUCAGCAGAGAGGUGCAGGCAAUGGGAUUCAAAAAAUACCAAAUGGGGGAUAAGUAUCCAGGUUCUAAAUAAUAAAUUAGGUCACAAAUUUUUGUGUCUUUUUAACUAGUACUGAAGUUAUAUUAUGCGGUUUUUCUACAGGUAUUAAAUAUAUUACAAGUUUUAUUCUUACCAAUGAAUAAUUUGAAUAUCAUUGGCCUGUCUGACCUCUAGGUCAUCAUCAUUCUCAGAGACUCACCCACAGCGGGUUACCUCAGUGGUGUGUGUGUGUGUGUGUGUGUGUGUGUGUGUGUGUGUGUUUUAUUUUCUCACUUCCUUUAUAUUUUGGCUGUUAACGUCCCUUUUUUGUCUCCGUGAACAGGAAAGUUUUUAUGUGAGGCUUCAGUUGGUGUUGAAGUUGCCCUCUGAAGGCCCAGUUAGUUAUUGAGGGGCAGCUCAGUAGCUCCUCUAGUUGAAAUCAGGUUGCACCCCGGCAUGUACAGUAAAGACACAGCUCAUGUAUGACAUGUGGAGUGUGGUGGCACAGACAGACAGAUCAGCACUGCUCCCACAGCCAUGCCCUGUGUAACACAUCGUUUGUAAGGGCAGAGUGGUCCUUGGAGACAAGAACUCUUGUAUCAGGGAAUACCUUUCCAAGUUAGGAGGACUUCAACAGAUUGAGGAAAUAAUAUGGAAAAAGACAAGGACAAGCACCUGACUUCAGGCAUGCACAGAGACAGACAGUGUUGGACAUUGCCUUCGACAGAUUAGGCGCAUAUAUGUAUUAAAUGAUGCUCUGUAUCCCUCUGUAAUACAAGCCUGUCUUGAUUAGUCCAUACCACACUGUGGUGAUGCUACCUUAGAAGUAUUCCUUUUGUAUCAUGUCAGUGUUUUUAAGUUGCGUGUUCGUACUGUCUUAUAGUGAUAUCCACCUCCAUACCUGUAACACUGACCACGUCCAAAAGGCGUGUUCCAGGAGAAGGCUGUCAGCUGUGUCAAGAAUUCAUGGCCAUCAGUAUUUAUUUAGUAUUGCUGCUUCACGUUUCCCUAGUGCACCUUGAACGCCAGGUCAGUGGCUGCAUCAAAGCUGUGGGAGAUCUUUCACGUGCAUUUUUUUAAAAUAUAUUUUUAGAAACCAAAUGGCUGCAGAUGGCUAUUUAGCAUACUGUUAAACCAGCAGAACUCUAAAGGCAAUAAAUGUAUGCAUAUGUGUUGGGGGGUGGGGAGAGUGAAAAUACAGGUUUACAGCCAGACAGGGUGAUAGCCCUUCAGUGCAUUUCUCAGUGUCUCAUCACUGACCAAGAAGGAUUUGAGUUGCUGCAGCUUUAGACAGAAAGUGUCCAUGUUCACUGACUGUGGGCCAUAAAUAUGCUUUUAGUAUCGCUUUGCUGAUGUAUAAAUAAGAAAUCUGUAAUAUGUAUUAUAUGUAAUUAUUUUCUUUUGACUUCAUUUCAAAAUGUAUAUUUUCUGAUUAUUAUCAUGAGCUAUAAAGCGAAAGAUCAAUAUCUGAUAUUCUCCCAAAUAAUAAAUUUUCAAGACUCA